AUGUACAUCCCGAUAGUCAUCCUUCUUCUUAGCCUUCUCACCAUUUACUAUUUCAUCAUCCCCAUCAUCAACUACUUCCGCGACCCCAAAGGCUUCCGAAAAUACCCAAACCUCACAUUCUGGUCCGGCAUAUCAGAUCUACCCCUCGUAUACUUCUCGCACAAUGGUAUCCGCUACAAGCGUCUCCUCGAAGCACACAAAACCCACCCCGUCGUCCGAAUCGGACCCAACUAUCUAUCCUAUGCAGACCCAGAUGCUAUCAAAGACAUCUACGGCCACGGAACAACCUGUACAAAAGACCUAUUUUACUCCACCCUAGCCGGGCCACACUUCCACCUAGCCGAUGUCGUCGACAAGGGAAAGCACGCUCGGAAGCGCAAAGUCCUUUCCAGCGCAUACGCGCUCAAGAAUUUAGAAACAUGGGAAUACAAGGUCGCCGACAUGACGAACCGUCUUAUCAAAGCCUUUGAUGCACAAUGCACUGAUCCGUUACCUAAGGGUCAUCGCCCACUUCAGAAGGACCUCACAAUCGACUACCGCAUGUGGACCAACCUGUUCACCAUCGCAGCUAUUGCGAACAUUGGUCUAAGCGAGGACAUCAAGUUCCUCGACCAGGGGAACGAUCUAAUCACAUCAGAGUCAAUGGACGGCACGACAAAGAAAGUACACUUCCGAGACUGCCUCUUCGCCACCGGCUCAGCAACAGCUACUCUAGUCUGGUGUUACGACUGGUAUAAAACACUGGUGCGAGCUAGCAAGAUCCUGUCUCCGACAUACCACCGGAAAUGGAAGCUUAACAAAGACUGGGAUGGUAUCGUCUACAACCGCGCCACGAUACGGUGGAAGCGCUAUCAGAAUGGCGAGCGGCUUGAUGAUUUCUUCUCUGCGCUGAUGGCAGAUAAAUCUAAUGUUCCUCAUAAUCUGGAAUGGGGCGAGAUUGUUGCAGAAAUUAGUAUCAUGAUGAACGCCGGGUCUGAUACAACCGCCAUUUCGCUCAGCAAUGUGAUACUUCUCCUGCUGAAUAACCCAAGGUGUCUUGAAAAAUUGCGGGAAGAGAUUGACGGCGUUCUGGACGACGAUGAGAUCGUCGCGCCAUACGACAAAGUCAAGCAUCUCCCGUACCUUCGGGCCUGUCUUGACGAGAGCCUCCGGUUGUACCCACCCGUGUCGUUUGCUCUUCCGCGACGUACCCCGCCUGAAGGUACUAUGAUUCUCUCCGACCAUAUUGCGGGUAACACCUCGGUCGGGAUGUCAGCAUAUGUAGUCCAUCGCAAUGAGUCUAUCUUCCCGGAUCCUGAGGCCUUCCGCCCAGAGAGGUGGCUAGGGAAGAAGGGGAAGGAGCUGCAGCCGUAUUUCAUCCCGUUUAGUACUGGUGCUAGGGGGUGUAUCGGACGCAAUAUUAGCUACCUUGAGCAGACUAUCCUGGUUGCUUCGCUUGUGCAUCGGUUCGACUUUGCUUUGCCGUAUCCGGGUUGGGAGCCGGAGAGGCAUGAGACGACGAAUCUUAAUUCCGGGCCGAUGCCUAUGAAGGUUUGGAGGAGGGAUGUGGCUGCAUAG